ACUGGCUCGGCAACUCUCUCAAUGGUCAGUCCUCUUUUUGGCCUUUGAGAUAUAGUCUGAUCUCUUUCACGAAAAGGAAAUUUGAUUGCUCUUUGAUAUGCGGACUCUUUUCACAUGCUCAAAUAAUGUGAAACUGAAAUAUGUGGGCAUAUGCUGCUUUGAAGUUUGCCGAUGCGUGCCUGCCUGGGUUGAGGGGCGACGCUGGUAUUGUCGAGUGUGCAUUUGUUCCUUCUCAGGUGACUGAGCUUCCGUUCUUUGCAUCCAACGUGCACCUCGGUCGUACUGGGGCCGAGGAGGAUCUUCUCCUUGGCCCACUGAAUGAGUACGAAAGAGCUGGCUUGGAAGAGGCAAAGAAAGCGUUAACGGAGACAAUUCAGAAGGGCAACUCAUAUAUCAAGAAGUGAGCAGCUUAAAGACGUGGCUUUUUGGUUCUCGGGGGUGGACGGAUGUUUGUAUAUCAUUGUCCUAUGUCCAUCUCUCUCAUGUUCGCGUUCC